AUGGAUCAAAUAAAUGUUCAACGAUGGGCAAAUUCUUUACGCCGAUUUUAUCCAAAUCAUUCAAAGUCGUCACUUUUGCCGAAUCCGUAUGAAGAUGAUCAAAAUGGUCUUCGAAAUCCAUCAACAAUGAUAAAAACAACAGAAAACGAAUCACUCAGAGAUGUAUGCAUGAGAAAGAUUACAAAAAAAUUAAUUAAUUUAGAUUUUCCAUCUUCCGAAAAAAAUUCCUAUCGUACAUUAAUAAAAUCGGAACUUCAUAGAUUUGACAAGAUCAUGAACGACGAAGAAAAUCUUGAUUUUCAAUCGAAUGCUCAACUGUAUGAUAAUGAAAUAUCGAAUUUUUUGGUGCCAUUAUCAAACCAUCAUGAUGCAGAUGCACUUAGCGAUGCUGGUACUUACAUUAUUGAAGAUGAGACUGAUAUUCAAGAAGAUUAUGAGCCAGAACAAAAAACUAAUACUUUAUCGUCAAUUAAAAAAAAUCAAAAUCAAACAAAAUAUCUUCAUGAAACAUUUUAUAUGGAUCGAUUAGGAUUCUCAGCAACACCAAUGAUUAAUCGUCCUAUUAUUGAUUUGAAUGUUCAAACGAAUUCAUACGACUCACCAUUACUAUCUCAAACUUCAGUUGGAAAUAACAGCCAUCAUAGCAUACGUAACGAGCUGGAAGAUAAGCCAUAUAAUUGUCUCAUUCCUUCAUCGACUGUUCAAUAUCAACAAAAACCAGUUAUAUUACCAAAAAUGAAAAUAAAACCAGCGGAAUGUUUCGUUAUUUCACCAACGUUGGAAAUAAAACCUUUUCCAACUAAAAAUACUCUUCGACAAAAAAUAGAAAAUUCACAGAAAUCGAAAUUGGAAGGAAGUUCUGCUUCUAUUAAACAUCUGACUAUCAAAGCCGCCAAUAGUCAAUUGAUAUCUUCUAAUCAAAAUUCUAUGGAAAAUUAUCUUUUUAAGCCUCAAAAGCCUCUGUAUUCUUCGUCUCAGUCUUAUAACCAAUAUCAGACAACUAUAUAUGACCAAAUUUGUUCGUCAGACUUAUUUCAACACAAGUCAAUCGUAGAUAAAACAACACCAGUAAAUGUUCAUUAUGAACAACAGACUUUUUCAUCAGAUACAAUCGAUCCUAAUCAGAGUAAUAAUACAAAAAUAGAUGUAAUCAAAUUUUCUAUAGAUAAGUUAUGUAUAUUAGAUCACAAAAAAUCUAUUCCUUCAUCAUUCGCAUCAAAAUAUAGCCAAAAACAAAUUUUAUUAAAAAUUUCACCAGGUAAAAACUCAAAACCAACAACAACACUUUCAUCAUCAGUUAUUCAUCCAAGUAGGCAGAUGAAUCGAACAGUUCACUUACGUCGAGCACAUGCAAAAGCGAAAAUCGAAGAAUUAUCUCAAAUUACAACAAAACAAUUGUAUGAAAGCGAUAUAAUGAGUGCUUCGUGUUCUUAUAGUCCAAGUAGUCAUAGUAAAAAAGAACCGGCACAUUUACAGUUACAUGUUCAACCAAAAGCGAGAAAAAGUGUUAAACUUCAGCUGCAAGAUAUGUUAGGAACACGAACAAUAUUGCCAUCAUUAGAUCAACAAGUUUUACCCGCAAGUUCAAAGCAACAUGAAGCGCCACUCUUCACAUGUCGGAAAACUGUUAUAUCAACCGUCAAUGAUGAAGAACAAUAUAAAACACUGAGCACAAGUGAAUAUAGUCUUAAAGAGAAGCAAUAUGAUCUAUUACGCGAAAAUGGAAAACGAUUAGCAAACAAAUUAGUUCAACUUUCCGCUAGUAUAUUGAGCAAACUACAACUAAAUGAAUCCGCUACUGAUGAUCAUGAUGAUGUGCAAGUUCAUCAAUUAGAACAACUGAUUGAUAAAUUGGCAAUGGUCAAUCGAGCAUUAACCUCUAUCGAUACUUCAUUAGCACGUCCAACCAACACUGAUCUUUCUAUCUAA